CUAGGUUGAAUCAUCAUCAUCAUUGUACAAAAGAAAAGAAAAAAAAAGUGAGAGAAACCGACACUCUUAAAAACCCUAAAAUAACAAGUUCAUGCAUGCAAGAAAAGACUCUUCUUUUAUUCUUUCCUUGCCUUGCAUGUCUAUAAAAAUCGGAUCUUUAUAAUUUCAAUAUAGUAAUUAUAAAGACAAAAUACAAAAUAAAGGUGCAAACUUUGGGUACUACUCUCUCUCUCUCUCUCUCUCUCUCUCUCUCUCUCACUCUCAUAAUCUUUAUUGUUCUCUCUUCUCAAACCAAACUCUCUAAAAAUGGUUUUGCCAGAGUUCUCUCGAUACCAAACCUCUCCAAAACGCAGUGCUUUGUACAAAACCGCUUCACUCAUCGCAGACGGCUUUCUCUUCGUUGGUGGAGCUUCUUUAGCCAUUUCUUUGAUAUGGGCACUCCUUACUUCCAUUAACCCAAACCCACUCGAAACCAUUUUCACCACUGAACCAAGCUCAAACGACGUCGUUCCUGGAUUUAACACCGUCUCCGGCGUCGACCCACCUGAGUUCACAUUCUACGACGACCGAGACUUGAGCUACUCCAUUGACCGACCAGUCAAAAACUGGGACCAGAAACGAAAACAAUGGCUCAAACAUCAUCCCCACUUAGCCGGAAGUACGGCCACUCGAGUCCUCAUCGUGACUGGUUCUCAACCUUCCGCUUGCCGGAACCCCACCGGCGAUCAUCUACAGCUUCGGUUGUUUAAGAACAAGGUCGACUAUGGCCGUAUCCACGGUCAUGAAAUCUUCUAUAACAACGCUUUGUUACAUCCCAAAAUGCCUGGCUUCUGGGCUAAGUACCCACUAAUCCGAUCGGCCAUGUUAGCUCACCCGGAAGUUGAAUGGGUCUGGUGGGUCGACUCCGACGCGGUUUUCACAGACAUGGAAUUCAAACUACCGUUGGAGAAAUACGACAACUAUAACCUUGUCGUUCACGGUUGGUCCAAUAUGGUGUACGACAACAAAAGCUGGACGAGUCUAAACGCCGGCGUUUUCUUGAUAAGGAACUGUCAGUGGUCGAUGGAGCUCAUGGAAACAUGGACGAGUAUGGGACCUAAGAGCCCAGAUUAUGAAAAGUGGGGGAAAAUCCAGAAAUCAUUACUGAAAGACAAGUUGUAUCCGGAGUCAGAUGAUCAAUCGGCUCUGAUUUAUCUACUUUUGGAAGAGAAGGAGAAAUGGGGUGAGAAGAUUUAUCUAGAGAGUGAGUACAACUUUGAAGGUUAUUGGUUAGCAUUAGUGGAUGGGCUUGAUAAUAUAGCCAAGAGGUAUAUUGAGAUUGAGCAAAAAGUUAAGAUUUUGAGGAGAAGGCAUGCUGAGAAAGUGAGUGAGUAUUAUGGGUUGGUGAGAGAAGAGUAUCUCAAAGAUGGAAUAACAAGGAGACCCUUUGUUAUACAUUUUACAGGUUGUGAGCCAUGUACUGGGGAACAUAAUCCUACUUACACUUGGGAAGCUUGUUGGAAUGGGAUGCAGAGGGCUCUGAAUUUUGCAGAUAAUCAAGUGCUCAGAAGAUUUGGCUUUUUUCAUCCUGAUUUGCUUAAUUCUUCUUUGGUGUCACCCCUGCCCUUUGAUUUUCCUCUGGUGUGGUGAUCUGUUUUAUGUUUCUCUUGGUUUAUUUGUCCUAAUAUGUAGCUAUGUCAUUUAGUGUACGAGUGUAUUGGCCUAUUUGGACAUAAUUUCGAUAAUGAUUCGAGGCUUUUUGGUUA